CUAAUUUUACAAAACACAAUUUAAAUUAUAAAUUUAAACAGAGCAUAGUAAUAUUCUUUGCUUUAUUUAUUUAUUAGAAUAUCAAGCACUUUAAUAUUAAUAAUAGCCUGUAAACUUUUAUAUUUAUUUCUUAAAAUAUUAAACACAUUUUACUUUAUUAUAUCAAUAAGCGGGUAAUUUUAUCAUCUUAUAGUAGACCUACUUCUAAUUUUUUACAUCCUUAAUAGCAAGUUAUUUUUCUAAAAUUUUUAUAAUUAUAUGAUUUUUAAUCAACUUUUAAAUUUAAAAUAGAUAGUAAUUAAUAUUUUACAAUGAUAUUUUAUGAGAAAAUAAAUGCUGAAUUAACUUUCAUAUUCAAAAUAGACUGUAAUUAAUUAAUAUUUUAGAAUGAUUUUUGA